CCACACAGCCUAAGAUUUUCUAAGAGCGGUGAUCCAACAGGCAGCUCCAGUCCAGGUUGAUUUCCAAGAAGCUGGAGACACCCAUCCUCAUUCAUUUUGCUGUAUAACUGUCAUCGCAUACGGCAAACAUGUCUCUCAACAUUCCGAACGCGCCCAACGCCGGCCUCUUCAAGGGCGGCUACAACAACUACGAUGCCGAAGAUGGCGCUGUCAUGCGCAAUGUCGAGGCCUGCCGUGCCAUCUCGUCCACAGUCCUGACGUCUCUCGGUCCGUACGGUCGCAACAAGAUCAUCAUCAACCACCUGCAGAAGAUGAUCCUCACAUCCGAUGCCGCCACCAUCCUUCGCGAGCUCGAGGUCGUCCACCCCGCUGCCAAGCUGCUCGUCAUGGCCUCCCAACAGCAAGAGUCCGAGAUGGGCGACGCGACGAACCUGGUGAUCAUCCUGGCCGGCGAGCUGCUGCGCAAGGCGGAGGAUCUGCUACGCAUGGGACUGAAGGCGUCCGACAUUGUCAUUGGCUACGAGAAGGCACAGAAGUUUGCCCUCGAGACCUUGGAGGAGCUCUCAGUCGACAAGGUGGAGGAUCUCCGGGACCAGGAGGAGCUGAGCAAGGCCAUCAGGACGGUCGUCGCGAGCAAGCAGAACGGCAACGAGGACUUCCUCGCCGAUCUGGUCGCCGAGGCUGUGCUGUCUGUCCUGCCCAAGAACCCCCUCAACUUCAACGUGGACAAUGUCCGCGUCGUCAAGAUCAUGGGCGGCAGCCUGGAGCAGAGCAAGGUGGUCAAGGGCAUGGUCUUCCCCAAGGAGCCUGAUGGUUCCAUCAAGAAGGUCAACAAGGCCAAGGUCGCCGUCUACACGUGCCCCAUCGACAGCAGCCAGACCGAGACCAAGGGAACGGUCCUGCUGCACAACGCAAAGGAGAUGAUGGAUUUCACACAGGGCGAGGAGUCGCAACUCGAGUCCUCCAUCAAGGAGAUUCACGACUCGGGCGUGCGGGCGGUCAUUGUCGGCGACCGCGUGGGUGACCUGGCCAUGCACUACCUCAACCGCUUCGGCAUCCUGUGCAUCAAGAUCCUCAGCAAGUUCGAGCUGCGCAGAGUAUGCCGCGUCGUCGGCGCCACGCCUCUGGCGCGGUUAGGUGCCCCCAUGCCCGACGAAAUGGGCAGCAUCGACGUUGUCGAGACCCUUGAGAUUGGUGGUGACCGCGUCACAGUCUUCCGCCAGGAGGACGAGGUCACCCGCACAGCUACCUUGGUGCUCCGCGGCGCCACCCAGAACCACCUCGACGACAUUGAGCGUGCCGUGGACGACGGUGUCAACGUCGUCAAGGCCAUUACUCGUGAUCCUCGUCUUGUGCCUGGCGCUGGUGCCACAGAGACACAGUUAGUCGAGAGGAUAACGGCGUUUGGCGAGAAGACGCCCGGUCUCAGCCAAUACGCCAUCAAGAAGUAUGCAGAGGCUUUCGAGGUUGUGCCCCGCACCCUUGCCGAGAGCUGCGGCCUCGAUGCCACGGAGGUGCUGAGCAGGCUGUAUGCUGCGCACCACAAGAGCGAAGACUGGGAUACAGGUGUUGACGUUGACAACGACGACGACACCGGUAUCCUCGAUGCGAGAGAAGAGGGCAUUCUGGACCUCAUGGUGUCCAAGUACUGGGCCAUCAAGUUGGCCACGGAAGCUGCACGCACAGUCCUCUCUGUUGACCAGAUCAUUGUCGCGAAACAAGCUGGAGGGCCUAAGCCUCCUGGCCCCAACCCUAACUGGGAUGAGGACUAAGCGACGACGAUCUGACCAAGAUUGGGCCAAGGGGGUGUGCGAGGCGCGAGGGAGGAUUAUCUACACAAUGUGACUGUAACACAGAUAAUACUGGAGUCAAAAGGACGUCAGUCAGCCACGCCCAACACUGACAAUGACCAAAAAUGAAAAGCAAGAGUCAAAGCCAGUCAUCUUCUGCUGCCCCUUUUCGAGAAAAAGGAAUGUUGUCAUGAAUGUCCAGGCUGAUAUGUUACACAAGCGACGCGAAACGCAGCACGCCCUUCAUGUGCUUGUAUGCCAUCUGAUAGAUCGAACAGUCUUUGCCAUUCAGCACUAUUGAGUCCGUACACGCAGAAAGAAUGUGAUAACCGAU